UCUGAUGGACGUUUUGAUUCUGGCGGGCUCCCUCACGUUCUUCUGCCUGAGUAAAAAGCAAAGCAAGCCACACACAACACAAAAAAGAAAAAAGAGGAGAGAGAGAGAGAGAGACACCACCGGUCCAGUCUAGUCUAGGAGUCUUGUUCUUCCAUCUCAACCCGGCCUUUGCUGACGUGCUUCUCUUACUCAUUACUUAAUAUCAUAUCACCCUCUGUCCCUCCCUCCCUGUUCCAUGCUCUCAUGGCUCUCCACUCUCUCUUCUUCUUCUUCUUCUUCUUCUUCUCACGCUACACUCUCUCUUCCGCUUCCCAGCCUCGCAACCCCGAAGUGGAGGCUUUGAUGUACAUUAAGGCAGCUCUCCAUGACCCACACGGCGUCCUCAACAACUGGGAUGAAUACUCCGUCGACGCUUGCAGCUGGACCAUGAUCACUUGCUCUUCUGAUUACCUUGUCAUAGGCCUUGGAGCGCCUAGCCAAUCUCUCUCCGGAACUUUAUCUCCAUCUAUCGGAAAUCUAACAAAUCUUCGACAAGUAUUACUGCAGAACAACAAUAUCUCAGGCAACAUACCACCGGCACUUGGAAACCUUCCCAAGCUUCAGACAUUAGACCUUUCCAAUAACCGUUUCUCAGGGCUGAUUCCUGCAUCUCUUAGUCUAUUGAAUAGUCUCCAGUACUUGAGACUCAACAACAAUAAUUUGUCCGGAUCCUUUCCAGUGUCACUGGCCAAAACCCCACAGCUUGCUUUCUUGGACUUGUCUUAUAACAAUCUCAGUGGACCAUUGCCAAAGUUCCCAGCCAGGUCAUUCAAUAUUGUGGGGAACCCAUUAGUUUGUGGAAGCAGCACCACUGAAGGUUGCUCUGGGUCAGCAACCCUCAUGCCCAUUUCUUUCUCCCAAGUGUCAUCAGAAGGAAAACACAAGUCUAAAAGACUAGCAAUAGCACUUGGGGUCAGUCUUAGCUGCGCCUCCCUCAUCCUUUUGCUUUUUGGGCUAUUGUGGUAUAGAAAGAAACGACAGCACGGAGCCAUGCUUUAUAUCAGCGAUUGUAAGGAAGAGGGAGUUCUUAGCUUGGGAAAUCUGAAACAUUUCAGUUUCAGAGAGCUGCUACAUGCAACGGAUAAUUUCAGCUCUAAGAAUAUUCUUGGUGCUGGAGGCUUUGGCAAUGUCUAUAGGGGGAAGCUUGGAGAUGGCACAAUGGUGGCAGUGAAAAGGCUGAAAGAUGUAAAUGGUAGUGCUGGUGAAUCACAGUUCCAAACCGAGUUGGAGAUGAUCAGCUUGGCAGUUCAUCGCAAUUUACUUCGCUUAAUUGGAUACUGUGCUACUCCUAAUGAGAAACUUUUGGUUUAUCCUUAUAUGUCUAAUGGCAGUGUGGCCUCCAGGCUCAGAGGAAAACCAGCUUUAGAUUGGAACACAAGAAAGAGGAUAGCAAUUGGAGCUGCCAGAGGUCUUCUGUAUUUGCACGAGCAAUGUGAUCCAAAGAUAAUACACAGAGAUGUUAAGGCUGCCAAUGUGCUUCUGGAUGACUAUUGUGAGGCUGUUGUUGGAGAUUUUGGCCUUGCAAAGCUCCUUGACCAUGCUGAUUCCCAUGUCACAACUGCUGUCCGUGGCACUGUUGGACACAUUGCACCAGAGUACCUCUCCACCGGCCAAUCAUCUGAGAAAACAGAUGUCUUUGGAUUUGGCAUUCUCUUGUUAGAGCUCAUAACUGGAAUGACAGCACUCGAGUUUGGGAAAACAGUGAAUCAAAAAGGUGCUAUGCUAGAGUGGGUUAGGAAAAUACUACACGAAAAGAGGGUUGCAGUGUUGGUGGACAAAGAGCUAGGAGACAAUUAUGAUAGAAUAGAGGUGGGGGAGAUGCUGCAAGUUGCUUUACUGUGUACUCAAUAUUUGACAGCCCACCGCCCUAAAAUGUCUGAAGUGGUUCGAAUGCUUGAAGGUGAUGGGCUUGCUGAGAAGUGGGCAUCUUCACAUAAUUACGGUAAUCAAGACAUGAACCCCAGCCACGGCAACAAUAGCAAUACUUCAUCCCGCCCUACCUCUGCUUCAAAACAUGAUGAUGACGUUCAUGACCGUUCCAGUAUGUUUGGCAUGACAAUGGAUGAUGAUGAUGAACAGUCUUUGGAAUCCUAUGCAAUGGAACUCUCUGGUCCUAGAUAAACAGUAAAUGUGGAAAAGAAAACAGCAAGAUAGAAAAGGAGAAAGAAAGAAAGGAGUUUUCUUUGCCAUAAAUCUUAAUUAGCUUUUCUUUUCCUCUUCUUAAUUAGCUUUGCUUAUUCUAGGAUAAUUAAUAUAUAUAUAUAUAUAUAUAAAUCAAAUCAAAUGUAUAUAUAUUCUAAAAUUUUUGUCAUUUGGGUUUGUAAUAUUGUAAAUAAACAAUUUAGUAUUAUUAGUGCAUUUGUACUCAUGUUGUGCUGCAUUUGGGUGGAAAAUAUGUAUAAUGGUAGAAAAUGGGGUAGGUGGGUGCGCAAUACGCACGGUAGACUUUGUAUAGGGUGGACAGGGAACAUCAUCAGAUUCUUUCCUAUCGAUUGUGAAGCUGAAGCAGCAGCAGAGGCAAGAGGGUGUGUUUCCACAGAAUGAUAUUUGACUGAAGAUGAAGAUGGGCAUGCAUCUUGCAGUGUCCUCUCAGUUUGUCUUGUUCAAUAUGUAUGUUCAAACUUGAAAGCAUCAGUUUCAAUAUGUAUGUUCAAACUUGAAAGCAUCAGUGUGUGAUGGUCACGGUCUGAGAGCUUUUGAGCUGUUAGAGGUCAUUGUCGAUCUGAUAGCUUUGCAGGGUCACGCUUGCUCUUUUUCUCAAUUUGGUGUCUUUUCCUAUGUUCUUUUUACCUUUCUGUCUUCGUUACUCGUAUAGUGCAAUUUUUCCUUUUUUC